AUGGACUUUGAAGCUCAAUUGGCUGCCAUCACGCAGGUUACAAACCAAAAGGACAAGAUCAAGGGUUACCAAGACUUGCUUGCAUCUAUCCUUCAAACCACAACUGCUGAUGAAACUCACCAGACUGUUACGCGCCAGCGCCUUGAGCAAUACAUCACUGCUGCCACUGAAGACUCUGUCGGCCUAGUCAUAUCGCGUCAGGUCCUCUCAGACUUUACAGCUGCAGUCGACGCUACCGCCAAUCUCUCUGCAGAGAAUAAGAAGGCAGUCUAUAGCCAUGCUCUCGAGAAAGUUCAGGGUAGAGUCGUAUCGUUUGAAGAACAGGUAUCAGCAAUUAGAACCCAUUUGGCUAGCAUUUAUGAAGACGAAGAAGAGUGGGCAGAAGCUGCCCAAGUUCUCAUGGGCAUUCCACUGGAUUCUGGCCAUCGUAUUAUCCCUAAUGAAUAUAAAGUCGGCAUAUACAUUCGCAUCGUGCGUUUGCUACUUGAGGAUGAUGAGGCUGUCAGCGCAGAAGCUUACUUGAAUCGCGCUUCGGUAUUAAUGCGUGAAACCAAGGAUCUCGCACUUCAGCUUACGUUCAAGCUUUCCCAGGCCAGGAUCUCGGAUUUCAAGAACAAGUUCCUCGAAGCUAGCUCACGUUACCACGAGAUCAGCUAUAUCCAAGAAGUUGACUAUGAGGAACGUAUGCAGAUUUUAUCUGCUGCUGUUGUAUGUGCAGUAUUGGCUCCCGCAGGACCGCAGCGAUCACGGAUGCUUGCGACGCUCUAUAAAGAUGAUCGUUCUCAGCGCCUUCCACAUUUCUCAAUCCUGGAAAAGAUGUAUCUGGAUCGUGUCCUUCGAAGCAACGAGGUCUCAGAGUUUGCCAGCACACUAAAGCAACAUCAAAAGGCUCUCCUUUCCGACAAUACCACGGUCUUGGACCGCGCUGUCAUAGAGCACAACCUACUAUCUGCAUCAAAGAUAUAUAAUAACAUCUCAUUCGAAGAGCUGAGCGCAUUGCUUGGAGUAACACCAGAGCAAGCAGAAGCAAGAGCCAGUAAGAUGAUGGGCGAAGGAAGAAUGUCAGGCAGCAUUGACCAAAUUGAGCGGCUUAUCUUUUUCGAUCGCACCCAUGGCGCUAAGCUGCGGCUUGGCGCUGGAGCCAAAGGAGCACCGAUGUUGUCGACGUUGUGGGAUGCAAGUAUCCAAGACCUGUGUGGCCAUGUUGAAGAGUUGGUAGGCAUUAUUGGUGCCAAAUACCCUGAUUAUGUGGCAAGCAAAAUCGCCAUGUAG